AUGAGGCAAGAACAACAAAGUAAAAAAGAAAUUGGAUCAACUGGUCGUUUUAUAGUUUUUACGCCUGGUCCGGUAACAAAACUUCCAGUAGAUCAUGAACCACCAAGUCAAAAUAGUCAUACACCAUAUUGGAAUGAUUAUGAGGGAUUUCAUGAUAAUGUUAUUAAUUCAAAGUUUGAUAGAAAUCGAUCAGUUCAUGUUACGUCUCCAAAAUUUAAUAGAGAUUUUAAAACGAGUCAUAAUGAAGGUUUACGACGCAUGGCAAAGAUCGGAAAUAGUGUCCGAUAA